AUGGCUUCCAAGAGUGCACUGGCCCUCAGCGCCGUAGGCGCCGCAUCCCUAAUUGGUAGCUCAGCCUUCGUGGCUCCCUCGGCCAGUUCCAGCAGCACCGCCCUGCGUGGGGCGCCGAUUGGGCAGGAGCCUGUUAGCUCCAGCCAGGCCUCCGGCCAGGUCUCAGGCCACACAGCGGCCGCCACAGCCGUGGCUACCGCAGCCCUCGCGCUGGUGUCCAGCCGACGGGCAGCACGUGGCAAAACAGCACGCAGUGCAGAGGCUACGGGAGUCACCGACGAGAAGCCCUUUGCGGGUGGCCUGAUCGGUGGGGAGUCUGCUUUUGCAGGCCAGGACUUCAACUUUGACCCCCUCGGCCUGUCCGUGAAGUGUGAGAAGUAUUUGCCCUGGUUCCGGGAGGCUGAGCUCAAGCAUGGCAGGAUCGCCAUGCUGGCCUUUGUGGGUUUGGUCGUGCCUGAGAUUGUGCGCAUCCCUGGAACUCAUCCUUGCUAUGCGGCCAAGACUGUCGUAGACGCUCACAAUGCCUGUGCCGGCAAUCCCCCAUUCCCUUUCCUUAUCAACGCAAAUGACUUCUUUGGCACGGAGAACAAUACAGGUCCCCUGUUCCAGGUGUACGCCUUCUGCGGCGUCGUUGAGAUGCUGACCACCUUCGCCAAGACUUGCAAUGUCUCAAACAAGCCAGGCUUGACUCUGGAGAAUGCUGGUGACUAUCAGCUUGGCACUAGCUUCCUUCCGAGUGAACCCGAAAAGAUCAAGGAGAUGAAGCUGAAGGAGUUGAAGAACGGACGUCUUGCAAUGCUGGCUUUCGGUGGGGCCAUCACGCAGGCCACCCUGACUGGAAAUGGAUUCCCGUGGCUUUAUGCUCAGAAGGAGUCCAGCGCCGCUCUCAGCUCCUCCAUCGGCGCUGCAGCCUCCGGCUCCCUUGCCGGUCGUAGCCAAAGCAAGCGUGGUGUGGUGGCCAGGCAAGCCGGCUACAAGAUGAGCGCCGCAGUUCCCUUCCUCCCCAUGUCCCCUGCUCUCGAGGGCAUCCCUGGUGAGGAGGAGGGCUUCGACCCUAUGGGCUUUUCGCUGGCCUUUGAGAUUGGCUGGCUGCGUGAAGCGGAGCUUAAGCAUGGACGUGUUGCCAUGCUUGCCACUGUUGGAUGGAUCACUACCGAUCUUGGACUUCGAGUCCCGGGCGAUGCCUUCCAGGUUUCGACCCUUGAGGCCCAUGAUGCCAUGGUGAAGUUCGGUGGCAUGCCUCAGAUCCUGAUCUGGUGCGGCCUCUUGGAGGUCCUUGGACUCUUUGCCUAUGUGAACAUGCGUGAGGGAAAGACGGAUCGCAAGCCGGGUGACUUCGGCCUCCGCGGGUUCUACCCCAGUGAUGCAAAAGGUCAGUAUGAAAUGCAGGUGAAGGAGCUUCGCAACGGCCGCCUGGCCAUGCUUGCUUUCUCCGGCAUUGUGACAUCUGCCGUUCUCACCCAGGAACAGUGGCCUUUCUUCGAUGCGGCCAUUUCUGCUUUGCCUCGAAAGGACGAGGCCAGGAGCGGCUCCGCCUUCUGCGGGGCAGUGGCCCCUCAGCGCGUGGGCCAAACUCUUCGCCAGGCCUCCUCCAGCAAGAGCCUGCCCUUCCUGCCCAAGCCGAAAAACCUGGAGGGGCUUGCGGGGGGCGAGGCUGAGUUCGAUCCUGUUGGCUUCGCUGAGCUCAUUGACGUCAAGUGGCUUCGUGAAGCCGAACUGAAGCACGGCCGUGUGUGCAUGCUGGCGACCAUUGGAUUCGUCGCGGAGCAGUACUGGCAGCUGCCAGGCUUCGAUGGGGCUGAAGAUGCGUUGCAGGCCGUCUACACUGCCCCCCUGAACGCCACCGGAGUGCUGCUCUUCAUCUGCGGCUACAUUGAGAGCUCAACCUACGGAGGCAAGAUCACGAUGCUGGACAUGUUUGAGGGGGAGGGUGCCUCCCGUGAGCCUGGAGAUCUGAACUUUGGAAAGCGUUUUCUUCCGGCCGACAAGGCUAAAGCUGACGAUUUCAGGGUAAAGGAGCUGUCCAAUGGGAGGCUCGCCAUGCUGGCCUUCUCAGGAAUGGUCCACCACAACCUGGUCGUCAAGGGCCCCCUCUUCCCUCUCUUCCCAGAAGGCUGGGCGGGCCCACAGGGCGCCUGGGACCUGGACUCCACGGCCGGUGCCCUGAACAGCGGACGCUGGGGGCUGUGA